UAAACAAACAAUGAAAUCAAUAUUGUAAUUUGCGGUUUAAAAAUAAACAAAUUAAAUUCCUUAUAUUCGAAACAUAAUUUAAUGUUAUGUACCUAAUAGAAGAGUAGAAUAUAUUAUAAAAUUCUAGUCCUUCCCUAAGUACGCUUUAUGAUUUAUUCAUUAACUCCAUUAUUUAACUGAUUGAAAGCUUUUACGUUAUUCUAGAUAUCCAUUUUUAAUUAAAUGACAUAACCUUUUUUUCUAGUUGAUUAGGCCCAACACCAGCAAUGGGACGACGCAAAUCGAAAAGGAAGCCACCCCCAAAACGAAAAGCAAUAGAACCACUUGAUCAACAGUUUAACUGCCCCUUUUGCAAUCACGAAAAAUCUUGUGAAGUAAAAAUGGAUCGAGCAAGGAACGCAGCACGGAUAGUGUGUCGGGUCUGCCUAGAAGAAUACCAAACAACAACAAAUGUUCUCUCUGAACCUAUAGAUGUUUAUAAUGAUUGGGUGGAUGCUUGUGAAAGUGCCAAUUGAAUUGACUUGUAUAACUACAUAUUUUGUUUGGUUUUAUUUAUGAUUGUUGUCUAAGAUUGGAAUAUAUGUAUUUAUUUUUAUUGACAUGUAAGAGAUUGAAUGAUUUUAGCACCACCAGAACUAUCUGGUGGUGCUAAAUAACUAACUAACUAUAGUUUGCCUUUAACAGUUACAAUAUGAUCUGAGUUAUAACUUAAUACCUACAUUAUGAUUAAUGUAAUUAUCCAUGCAAAAUACUGAUACUGCAAGAACUGCUCUACUUAAAUAAUUUCUUCUACUGCUAUGAAACAUUAAUUUUCAAUGAACAUGAAUACAGAGAAUGUUCACUUUUUUAGGAUAAAGUUACUUUAUUUCUUUGUGCUUUAUUGGUAUGAAAGUUCUUGACACUAAUUAUUUUUUACUAAUUAACUAUUUUUUUUAUUUUAAGUGUAUUUUAUUUAUUUCCAUUGUAUUGUACUUUGAGUACUUCAUACUCUGGAACAAUUAAGGACUGAGUAAUGGCUUCUAAUAAUUAUUAUCCCUCUAAAUCUAAGAAAAUUAUAGUCAUAAUUUUAAA